GGAUUGCUCACAGUUCGUAACUUGCCAAAGAGGAAGGAUGAUUCAGUUUUUUUUUUUAGGUGUAACUUUUGUUUCUGUUGCAGAUAUGGCUUUGUGGCAAAAUAAGCAAUGGAGAACCUGUUUUUCUUUUGUACUUUUGCUUGUACAGGACAGGUAGAACCGUGUGGGGCAAAAGCAGCUACCAUCCUGUGUGAGUCUGCAGUAUCAAGGAGCCAAAGGAUGCAGGUGGCAGCGAGGCUUUGCACUAACUUGUUUGAAGUUUUUUCCCAUGUCAAAGGUGAAGGAUUAUGUCUGGCAUAGGAAUUUAGUCUUCAAGAGAUGGACUUCAUGAGCUGAAUCUCAACUCUUGGGCAGAAUGUGAACCGUGGCCUGUGUUACACACUAGUUUUGGUGUGGGAAUGAGAGUGUAUGUGUGAAUCAGUUUGAGUGAAUUGAGAUGCUAUUCCUUAGCAGUGGGACCGUGGAUGCGACCCCAAGGACUACAAGUAUUGGGCAACAGCAGCAGGGGAUGACUGUCUACCACAUAUCUGUAAUACUGAAAGAAACACAAGAAGAUGCAGCAGUGUCAGAGCUGGGAUUGGGCCGAGUCACCCACACCCUGGUGGAGAAUUGCCAGCCAAAAGAAGAGAUAAUGAGUGUAGUGCCAAUGGAAAAGAGCCCCAGGCUGGGCAGGGCACGACAGGAGCUCGACAGGUGGCCCUCCCUGAGCUUUACAGGUAGAGGUGGGAGGCACAGAGAGGAGGUAGUUUUGGAGGAGAAUGAGGAGGAGCUGGAGGAGGUGGAGGGAAAAAUGAAGACUGACGGGUUUUUGAAUCCAGGAAACUCCUCACAACACACCAGAGACGUGGCAGAGCUAACAGCUCAGAUAGACACUCGGAGGGAAUACGUAAAGAGCUCAACAAUAUGCUCUGGCAGCGUCCAUUCUAAGGGACUUGUUCUUGGGGAUCAUGGUACCGUUACAGGACACAGCUCUCUGCCGCGGGCCGUGCUACGAUGGCCACGUCAGGAUGAAGCCCUGCUCGGCAGGAGGACGAUGAGCAUGUAUGGCGACCCAGUCAAGCAACAAAGAGAUUGGCAGCCUGAACCGGAAAGACCGCUGCGGAGGCCCAGGAGUGUUUGCAUGCUGGCAGGCCCAGGCCAAGUCCUGUCAGAGCCACAGACCCAGCAACUCUGUAAAAGGGCAGGCAUCUUAGAAAAUAACCAGCAGUACCGAAGCAGGAAGGCUGAGUUGAGGGCAGUGGAUGGCCUCAAUCCUGUCGUUGCUCUGCGGCCAUCUGCCCCUUCAGAGGUGACCCUCAGGGGCCGUCAGAGGAGCUGGAAGCCCAGGCCUGUCAGUAUGACAGUACUGGAGCUAAGAAAGAGGGGCUCUGAUGACGAAUUAGACAGCCAGAGGAGCUGCAACCACACAGGCAGCGAUGGAGGAUUUCUUAAAGGAGGCUUCCGUUGGAGGCUGUUUGGCAAAGAUAAGAACAAGGAGAAGGAGGAUGUCAAAGAUGCUGCAUCUUCUCCAAAAUCCAACAAAUCUGAUGCUUCAAAGAGUACAUUGAGCUCCUUAAGGCGGAGCUUCAGUCUGCGAAUCAGGAGGACUCGACCUCGUGAUAAAAUUAAUACAGGGUUUGAGGGGGAAUCAAAAGAGCGUUCUCGGACUAAAAGUACUGCUGAGGACGCAGCGAUGACACCACGGCCUUUCUCGUACCUCACAGGAAGAACACUUCCACCUUCCAGUGAGCAGACAGAGGAUGGGGGCAUGGAGUACAUUCAGUACCACAGCAGGGGAAAGGUCAAGGUGAUGGAGGUUCCCCUCUGUCCAACCAAACUGUCUUCCAAACCAGUUCAGGAAGAACCAAGCAUAUGGCAGCUCAUAGCCAACCGUUUCAGGAGGAAAGAACAGUCAUACAUUGGCAAAUGUGAACAUUCCCAGAGCACAGACACCAGCCAACAUCCCCAGGCUGGGAAUCAUAAGUCACAGCCAGUCACCAUAGAGACUCUGGCAGGCAAUGACUCCCACAAAGGUCAAGACUCCUUCGUCAACAGCCAGGAAUGGACAUUGAGUCGGUCAGUGCCAGAGCUGAAAGUGGGCAUUGUGGGAAAUCUGUCCAGUGGGAAGUCCGCCUUGGUGCAUCGGUACUUGACAGGCACAUAUGUGCAGGAGGAGUCUCCUGAAGGUGGACGUUUCAAGAAAGAAAUUGUGGUGGACGGACAGAGCUAUUUGCUUCUGAUCAGAGAUGAAGGAGGGCCUCCAGAAUUGCAGUUUGCUGCCUGGGUGGAUGCAGUGGUUUUCGUCUUUAGCCUGGAGGAUGAAAUCAGCUUCCAGACAGUCUACAAUUACUUCUUGCGCCUGUCCAGCUACAGGAACACAGCUGAGGUCCCCAUGGUCCUCGUUGGAACACAAGAUGCAAUCAGUGCUGCCAACCCCAGAGUGAUUGAUGACUCGCGGGCCAGAAAGUUGUCAAAUGACCUGAAGCGCUGCACAUACUAUGAAACCUGCUCCACCUAUGGCCUGAAUGUGGAGAGAGUCUUUCAGGAUGUUGCCCAGAAGGUUGUGGCCAUGAGGAAAAAGCAGCAGCUUUCUAUUGGUCCAUGCAAAUCCCUCCCUAACUCUCCCAGCCACUCAUCAGUCCCCGCUGCAUCCAUCCCCUCUGUACACAUUAACCAGGCGGCCAAUGGUGGGGGUGCAUUCAGCGACUACUCCUCCUCUGUUCCCUCCACCCCCAGCAUAAGUCAGCGGGAGAUGCGCAUUGAGACCAUUGCUGCCUCCAACACACCCACGCCCAUCCGCAAGCAGUCAAAGCGCCGCUCCAACAUUUUCACAUCACGGAAAGCCAGUGAACAGGCAAAGAGCGUUGACAGUAAAACAGACAGCAUAGGCAGUGGAAGGGCCAUACCUAUCAAACAGGGAAUCCUUCUGAAGCGAAGUGGCAAAUCCCUCAACAAGGAGUGGAAAAAGAAAUAUGUCACACUGUGUGAUAAUGGCGUCCUCACUUACCACCCCAGUUUACAUGACUACAUGCAGAAUGUGCAUGGAAAAGAGAUUGACUUGCUGAGGACAACAGUGAAGGUUCCUGGGAAGCGACCACCCAGAGCUGUGGCCACCGUCGCCCCCACCGCCAGUCCCAAAACCAACGGGCUGACCAAGGACCGCAGCACCUUGCAGCUGGGCAUCGGAAACACAGGCGCCCCCCACUCCAACAGCAGUUCCUCCCUGCAGACGGGCGGCUCGGUGUUUGGCGGCAGUAAGGAUGGCAUGCACCAGCGCUCCUUCUCCGUGUCCAGCGCCGACCAGUGGAAUGAAGCCAUCAACACCAGUACAAGCAGCGGCGCCCCCAAUGGGAUGAGUGAUCCUGCAAACUCCAGCAUGGGCAGUGCAACAAGUCCGAAACUUGAGCCACCUCCUUCGCCACACGCCAACCGCAAGAAACACAGACGGAAAAAGAGCACCGGCAUCACCAAGCCAGAUGGCUUAUCUGCUGGCAAUGAAGAGCAAGAAGAUUCCUUCGAGUUCAUCAUUGUGUCGUUGACGGGUCAGACGUGGAACUUUGAAGCGUCCACGUACGAGGAGAGGGAGCUGUGGGUCCAAGCCAUAGAGAGCCAGAUCUUUGCCAGCCUGCAGUCCUGUGAGAGCAUAAAGAACAAGUCUCGGUUAGGCAGCCAAAGUGAUGCAAUGGCCAUUCAGUCCAUACGAAACGUGAGGGGGAACAGCUUCUGUGUAGACUGUGAUGCACCCAACCCGGACUGGGCCAGUCUGAAUCUGGGUGCCUUGAUGUGCAUCGAGUGCUCCGGCAUCCACAGGAACCUGGGCACCCACCUGUCCCGCGUGCGUUCUCUUGACCUGGAUGACUGGCCGGUAGAACUCAGCAUGGUGAUGACUGCCAUCGGCAACACGAUGGCCAAUAGCGUGUGGGAGGGCGCUUUGGAAGGAUACACCAAGCCAGGGAGCGACAGCACCAGGGAGGAGAAGGAGCGCUGGAUCCGAGCCAAGUAUGAGCAGAAGCUGUUCGUGGUGGGGCUGCCCCAGUCCGAUGUGCCUCUGGGCCAGCAGCUACUUCGGGCGGUGGUGGAAGAUGAUCUGAGGUUGGUGGUGGUGCUGCUGGCCCACGGCACCAAGGAGGAGGUUAACGAGACCUAUGGGGAUGGAGACGGACGCACCGCCCUGCACCUCUCCUGCGCUAUGGCCAAUGUAGUCAUCACACAACUGCUCAUCUGGUACGGCGUGGACGUGAAAAGUCGUGACGCUCGCGGUCAGACACCGCUGUCCUACGCUCGGCGAGCUGGAAGUCAGGAGUGCGCAGAUAUAUUAGUCCAACACGGCUGUCCCAACGACAGCAGCAGCCUGACCUCGGUGCCCACGCCCAACAUGAGCCGCCGCAACCCCAACAUCAACAACAACAACGCCCAGUGUGAGCUCAACCGCAGUAUCAGCAUCAUGUAGGAGCCGGAAAGCAGCCGCAGACAGAAAAACACAAAACCCCCAAACCCAGCCUGUGUCUCUUCCCAGUACUUCCUCCUCUGUUUCACACUGUGUAAACCAGAAUCAGUACCAAUGGAGAGAUAUUAGGAGGGAUGGACUUAUUCCACUACGCUGAAACAAGUGGCCGUUUGGGGUUCGGACAUUGUACAUUGUUUAUUUUAUAUUAUUAUUUGUAUUCAGUUUGUUUGAUAACUUUAUUCAGUCUUGGUCUGAGAUGAUCAUGAUCAGCUUUAAGCUUUUUGUUUUCAAGCGUCAACCAAACAAAUGACUUACUUUGGCAUUCAUACUUACCCUACGAAAAGUAUUUCCUUAAUGCUUGAACAUUUCCUUUGAUGUUUUCCCCUUCUGCGAUGUGAACUGAUUAUAUAAUGAGUGUGAGUGACAAACUUUCCUCCGAUUUCCAAGCCCAAGUGUAGUGACAUAAAAAGUGUAGAGAAUAGUUUUGCGAGUGACGGAACGCUGAUGUGGGAAAGAAACUAAAUCUCAUGAUAUCAAUGGCUGUUAGAGCUUUUGUAAUGAUGCAUGUCUUCAACACAGCUAACUCUUGACAUACUAUUCAUAUACAAACGCAAAGCAAUUAUAGUUAAAGAGUCCAAAUGAUUUAGAUACUUAAUUCACAGGGAAAUGGAUUCGGAUCAUCAUAAAGGAGUUGAUUGCAGAAUUUCCAUUGGGUGAAAGUGAGUCAUUUCCCUCGCCACCCUUCUCAUGAUCCUCCAGUAAAAGUGUCUGUGACUAUAAAGGAAUUAGGGGCAUAAUGUUUUAUGACCAUUGAGCCACGUGGCUUUGUAAGUGUUCCUCUUCAAUCAGAAUUCAUUCAAAUUCAAAGGUUUGAUUGAAACGGUGAAAUUGUACCAUUAUGAUGUCUUUGUUGGAGUAAUUUUCCGAUUGACUAGAUUGUGUUGAUAAUUGUUUGACACAGAUUCUCACAAAACUCUCUUCGAACCAUAGGCGUAUUUGAAUAUCCAUUCACCUCCUGUGGCCAAAAGCUGUAAAAAUUGGUACCCUUAAAGAACAUUUCCUCUAUUGUUGCUGUGAAAUACAUAUGAGGUACUGUGUGUGUGUGUGUGUGUGUGUGUGUGUGUGUACGACUACAUUUGUGCUUACAUCUUCGUCAGUAACUGUGCAGCAGAGAGCGACUGGGCAUUUCUGUUCAUUGGAGAAAGGACACUGGAGAGAAGACAGACGCCUGCAGUGAAGAUUUGGGAACAUAACUGUGUUUUAAUGUACAGACCUCUGUAAAAAGUAGUUCUUGUUCCUUCGCCUUAUUCCUUAUAAGAACAGUAUGAACUUAUUCAGACUUUUAGAGUCAAUAAAAGCAGCCCUUUCCUUUACCUUAAACCUUCGUGUGCACCCCCCCCCCCCCCAGUCCUGUCAGCCUAAAAGCAGGGAGUUAACAAAUGCAUUCUUGCGACUGAAGUGAGAGUGACAUUUAGGGAUUCAAAUGAGCAAAGAGGUUCAUAGAGGGAAGUACAAUUAGUUUGCAUUAAUACAAAUGUAUAGUAUUCCACAGACAUGAUAAUUCAUUUAUAAUAAAUAGGACUUAGACAGAAAAGGACUUUAGGUGGCACAAAUAUCUACAGUUGUAUUUUCUGUUAUUCAACUGCCAUUUGCUAGGUUUUCAAAUGUUUAGAUUUUAUGGGUUUAAUCCAGCAGAAUGGAUGUUUACAGAGCAAGUUAUUAACUUGGUACCUUUUCUACAUGAUUUAGUUGUUGCUUUACAGUAUUUUUGGUUUCAGGGCUUACAGACAAUGAAUAAAUAUGAUCAAAAGAGGACAUAUGCAAAUCCAGAAGAAAGAAACAUUUUAAAGGAAUGGUUUGACAUUUUUAUGAAUAUUUGUUUUCCUGCUCUAAAUUUGAUGAGAAGACUCAUACGUGUCUGCAGAGAUGUAGCCAGGAUGUCAUAAGGCUAGUCUAGCAAACCGUUAUGCUGCUUUAACAAAUAGUUGCACCAUGUAACUCUUUCUAAAAACACAAACUGCCAUUUAUACGCAGCCUUUUUUCCAGAUUUAACAACCUCGAUGUUAGUUUUUUAGCUUUUAACAGUGCAGGUGGGAAGAUUUUCUUUGCUUCCAGUGUUUAUCCUCUCUCGGUUAAACUGCCUCCUGCCUUUCUGUAAGUAGUUUUCACUCAGACAUCAGAGUGGUAUCUUCUCAUCCAACUGUCAAUAAGAAGGUUAAUUAACAUGUUUCCCCAAAAUGUCAAAUUGUUCCACAAACUCCACCUGAUUUCUUUGAAUUCACUCGUACUGUACUGUGAUACUGGCCUUAUUUCUGAUCAUUACUUGACCGACUUACUUCAGUGAGUACAUUUCACUGUCCAAAGGGGAUUAUUGAAAGGAGUUAAAAGUGUACAGUGAUGACCUGAACUCUUAUUUACAAACCGUAGAUGAUGAACAAAAAAAGAAAGAAGAACACUAGAAACCUGCCUGUUUCCCCCCCAAACACAACAUGAACUGUACAUAUUAGCUUAAUGCUUUUACCUGAAGACAAGCUCCUCAUAGAGAAACAAACUGAACUGGUUUUAGGUCCUCAUGACCCACAAACCAUAUUUUGAUAUGUUGUUUUCAUUUCUCCUUAGGCAUAUUUUUAAGGUACUGUUUGGUCUCGACAUACCCGACCAUCUUUGGUACUUGUGUAUAAUGAUGUACAUUUGACAUAUUUAUAAUGCAGUAUGUAAAUAUCUUUUUUUUUUUUUGGUUUUGUUUUUGUUCAUUUUUCCUAUUGUAAUUCCUUUACGUUCAGAACGUGAAACAAAGCAAAAGCUAAAGAGUAACUUGUUGUAUGCUUGGAUGCUUGGCUGACUGUUGACCUAUUAAUAAACACUCAAAUAAAAUGACGUAGCCUUCCCUGGAUUUAGGGGAAUCAACACA